AUGCAAGAUAAAUCAUAGCAACCCUCAAAGUCAAGAGAGGAAUUAUCACUUCUUUAAAAUUUAUCAGAGCCAUAGAAACACUACGUAGUUUAGUACCUUUUCCCAACACUUGUUGAUGCAAUGAACCUAUUUAUGAUGGAGGCAUAGCGAUCAUCCCAUUAUGAAGAGUUUAUGAAAUAAAAUUAUACCAAACCAACUUAGAGUAUGUAAUAGAUUCAAAAUCAAUAACCUACUAUUGAUGCUAUUUCUACGAAGUCCUCAUCUUUCUAGAGUUAUAACUACCAACCAAAUGUUGAUUAAAAACCAAAGGUUGAUUAAAUGGAGUAAAAGAGAAACUAAUUGAUUAGUUCAAGAUCGAGGUUCUCAAGCGGUACAUCAUUUAACUCAGCUGUAUCUCUUAAUACAAUUUAAUUCGAUCCAGUCUAGCAAUUUUAAGAGGCUUUUGUAGAAGCUUCUAAAAGCUAGAAAAAUAGGAGUAAACUUAAUAACGAUACGAAUAGUGUGAACUCCCCCCUUGUGAGACCAAGUGAUUAAUAUUUAUAAACUAAAAGAAGAUCAGUGUUUUCAAGACCAUAUGAAACGUUGGACGAAAUGCAGGAAUUCACUCCUCCAGUCCAUCAAAAAUCUGAGGAGCAAUUAUAAAAGCUUAUGGAAAUUCUCAAAACUUCCUUUUUGACAAAAAAUCUGUCGUUAUUUGAACUUAAAAUCAUAGCUGAUGCAAUGUAUCUUAAGAAGUUCUAAAGAAAUGAUUUGAUUAUUAGAUAUGGUGACAUAGGUCAAGAGUAUUUCAUCUUAGAUAGUGGAGUAGUAGAAGUAUUAGUCUAUCAAGAUGGAGUUGAUCCAAAUGAUCCACUAAUAUUUAAAAAAGUUAAAUUCUCUAAGUUCUUAAAGCCUUUUGUCGGGUUUGGAGAGAUCGCUCUUCUAUAUAAUGACAAGAGAACAGCUUCAGUUCGCGCAGCAGAUGUGUGUGAUACAUGGGUACUUGAGGGAAAAGUAUUCAAGCAUAUAAUAAUCAAAGCAACAAUAACUAGAAGGAAUAUCGAGCUAUAGUUUAUUGAUAGUAUUAAUGUUUUCAAGGAUAUUGAUAGGUUCAACAAGAUGACUUUAAUUGACGCAUUAGAGCCCAAAAAGUUCUCUCAAGGUGAUACUAUCUUUUAAUAAGGAAGUGAAGGUGAUAAUUUUUACAUUCUUGAAGAAGGAGAGGUUGAUUGCUAUCAAAAAGUAUUUGGUCAAAAUGAACCUAAGCUAAUAAGGACUCUUUAACCGGGAGAUCAUUUUGGAGAGAUAGCUCUAAUUGGUGAUUGUCCAAGAACAUUGACAGUUAAAGUUAAGUCCACAAAUUGCAAAUUAUUAGCAUUAAGUAAAGUACAAUUUCUUACAAUUUUGCCAAUUAUUGAGCCAUACUUGAAAAAGGAUUGGUCCAAUAUUAAUCCAUCUAUGAAUGCCUCUUAAAUUAUGCCUACCAAGCAGUCCUCUUUCAGAGCUUAUAGUUUAUAGAAAAAAAGCAGUGAAGAGGAUGAAAGUAGUUCAGAUAAUAGUUGUAGGCAAGGAUAGCAGCCUACCAAGACCUCGUCAUUCGGAUCAUAUUCUCUUAAGAUGCAAGAAAAUUCAUAAUCACCACCUACCAGAGGGAAAAGUAGACUUGUCUAAUAAAAUCAAAUCAUAGAGGAAAAUGAGAAUGAAGAUGAAUUUAAUGCUACUGCUCAAUCACAAGAGCAAAAUUUUGGGCAAUAGGACGAAGAAACUUAAAAAUAAUAAUUAAUCAAUGAGCUUGCUAAUACUUAGGUCCUUAUUGAUGAUGAAUAAGAUGGUACAGUUAUGUAGGAACAAACCAAUAUUGAGCAAAAAUGA